AAUACAAACUUAGCAUAGUUUUCCAAAUGCUUAAGCUCAACUUCACUUUUGUCACCCCAAAGUCUAUCCUCUUAAACUUGCAAGAAAAGUACUUGAAAACCCAAUUGUAAGUGGUUGAGGAGCUUUGCAUUGCAAGUGAUAAUGGCUCUCCAGGCUACUUCUCUUCUUCCUUCUGCAUUCUCCAUCCCUAAAGAGGGAAAGUCUGGUUCAUCCUCCAAGGACUCAACUCUCUUUGGAGUUUCAUUCUCAGACCAUCUCAAAGCUGAUUUCAACUCUUCUGGAUUGAGGUGCAAGAGGGAAUUCAACCAAAGGGUUGGGGCGGUUAGAGCUCAGACAGUGACUGCGACUCCAUCAGUGACCAGGUCUGCACCAGAGGGGAAGAAAACUUUAAGAAAGGGUAGUGUUGUGAUCACUGGUGCCUCCUCUGGAUUGGGUCUAGCCACAGCUAAGGCUCUAGCUGAAACCGGAAAAUGGCAUGUAAUUAUGGCCUGCAGGGAUUUCCUCAAGACUGAAAGAGCUGCCAAAUCUGCUGGCAUUCCCAAGGAAAAUUAUACCAUAAUGCACUUGGACCUUGCCUCGCUCGACAGUGUCCGUCAAUUUGUAGAUAACUUCAAGAGGUCAGGCCGGCCACUUGACGUGUUAGUCUGCAAUGCUGCUGUUUAUUUGCCAACUGCUAAGGAGCCUACAUUUACUGCUGAAGGGUUUGAGCUUAGUGUUGGCACUAACCACCUUGGUCACUUCCUUCUUUCACGGUUGCUGCUCGAGGACUUACAGAAAUCUGAUUACCCAUCAAGACGCCUCAUCAUCGUUGGCUCAAUUACUGGUAACACAAAUACCCUGGCUGGAAAUGUACCUCCUAAGGCCAACCUUGGGGACCUGAGGGGACUUGCAGGGGGCUUAAAUGGGCUAAACAGCUCAGCCAUGAUCGAUGGAGGAGACUUUGAUGGGGCUAAGGCCUACAAGGACAGCAAAGUCUGCAAUAUGCUUACCAUGCAAGAGUUCCACAGGCGCUUCCACGAGGAUACAGGCGUUGUAUUUGCUUCCCUUUACCCAGGUUGCAUUGCCACAACCGGCUUGUUUAGGGAGCACAUCCCCUUGUUCAGGCUCCUCUUCCCUCCAUUCCAGAAGUACAUCACUAAGGGCUACGUCUCUGAAGAUGAAGCAGGGAAAAGACUUGCUCAGGUUGUGGAUGAUCCAAGCUUAACGAAAUCUGGUGUUUACUGGAGCUGGAACAAGGACUCGGCAUCAUUUGAGAAUCGGUUGUCUCAAGAAGCUAGUGAUGCAGAGAAGGCUCGGAAGGUCUGGGAAGUCAGUGAGAAACUUGUUGGAUUGGCCUAACCAAGAGCCCUGAGGUCCUUUCAACUAAUCUUUGCUGUGGGAGAGGAUGAUAUCAGUGAGACUGGGUCCACUGGUGAGCGUGGAGUUUGGACUCCAAUGCCAUGUUGUUGCAACUAAUUUUCUCUUGUAGAUGUAGAUUACUUAUUACGAGUGUCAAUAAAGUUAGUCACCCUGUUGCAAAGUACAAAUUACCUAGAUGUUGUGAUUUUCUUACUCAUCUUCUAAUAUUGUACAACCACUCUGAGGGAAUGUUUGGUUCGUCAUGAUGUUACAUUACACCGUAAUAAUAUUACUCACCCCGUUGCAAAGUACAAA